AAAAUGAAUUGUAAUCCUAGAUUUAAGUUUUGUAAAGCUCAGGCACGCAAACAAGCAAGUUCCAUCUCCUACUCCAACAAAAGCAGUUUGUGCUUUGCUUCCCUCGAAAAUCCAAUUGUGAGUGUUGAGGUGGAUGAAGAAAAAGAUGGACUCAGAGAUGAUGAUGAGGAAGAUGAUAGGGAAUUCAAUAUGAUUUUAAAGUCAGAUCAGUGAUCUACCAAAUCAAUAAUGUUACUAUGAUCCAUCUGGACGUCUAUACCACAGUAUGAGGUUCUCUAUGCAUGGGAGAAAGCAGGAUUGAUCCUUCUUGAUAUGUAAUCAGAAGGUGCCAUGGUUUCUCCACAACAUAGCAAGUUGUCAUCUGGAUCUGGUUGUGCUUUAUAGAGAAGACAUAACCAGACAGAAGCAAAAGAGAAAGGUGAUGCAGAAGCGAUGAUGAAUCCUUCUCAUACUGCUCAAGGACUAUGAUAAUCAUCCAUUAAGUCCUGAGGUAGUAUUAAGAGAGGACCAAUACUGGAAGUAGAAGAAGAACCAUAGAUACCAACAAAACUGGGGCAAAGGC